UGUAAUCAGCCCCGGUCUCAGGUCCAGGUCUGAUCUGCUUGUUGCUGUUAAAAGAGGCCGUUCUGCUGCUUUCCGAGGAGAGCAAGUUUGCUGUUUACUCGUCAGCGACAAAGGUCGGCUGCUUAUCUCGUUCAAAGAUGCCCAACUCGGCUUCAGUCUCUGCCGACCCUUCAGCGCUCUACUAUGUCGGUAUCCAGCCCGAGCAGUCUGUUCUCGAGUCGUCGUUCUCCUCAGACGACAUCCUCACCGCUGUCGCGGACGGCUACGAUGUCCUCGCCCUUCCCGUCACAAACCCUUCGUUCAGAGCCCGAGUCACUAGCCUGGCCUCGCCUCCGCCAUCAACCGCUCAGCCGUACCCGAUCAUCGCUCCUCCAACUUUAUCGGAAGUAAACCUUCCCCCGGACUCGCCCUACACCCCGCACGUCUUUGCUCUUGCGUCCAAGUGGAUCGAGCUCGACUCCAACGACGAGCGUGUCGCAAAUCUCUCCGCACAGAUCUUGAAACACGAACUUGCCUAUGCUGCCUUCUGCGGCAUAGCAUACGUCGUCGUUCCUGGUCCAAAGCGCAGGAAUAACGUCUCACGCUAUGCCGAGGCUUUGAGCUCUGCACUGCAGGCUGCUCCUUUCACAAACAUCGUUCUGCAUCUCGCAAUGGCUGAAUACGUGGAAGACGAUCAGGCCUCGUCUGUACUCAACGAUCAAAUGUCGAUCUGGGAUAUCUGGAACUCAAUCAGGACAAUGUGCGACUAUCCGUCCCGACUCUCGGUCGGCUUGCAGGUUCCUCCGCGCUUGCCGACGCAAGCUGUGCUUUCUCGCUGGUUUGCCGAGCCCGUCACCAUUCUGUUUAUAUCCGGAAAAGUUUUCCUGCAUAAUUCCAAGGGAUACCCUGUACUGUCAAAAGCCCAUCAGUACUUUAUGUUUAAGUUUCUCAAACUGCGACCGUACACUAUCCUCCAGGAUAUUCGUGAGUCCACGCAGGUGCGGAUCAAUCGCAAGCCGUCUUCAAAAGAUGACGAGUCUGCGUAUCUGAUAUACGUCCGGCAUUUGCAUACUACGCUGCCGCCGCCUACUGCUAUCGAGAAAUUUGGCGCAAGCUACGAAGACUACCUCCAGAACCCUCUCCAGCCGCUCUCUGACGAUCUGGAGAGCAAAACGUAUGAAGUAUUCGAGAAGGACCCCGUCAAGUACGAUCAGUAUGAAAAGGCCAUAUACCAAGCGCUACUCAAGAGUAAAGACUCGAGUCCUUUGACUGUCGCUGUGCUUGGUGCCGGAAGAGGGCCGCUUGUCGCCAGGGCGUUGAAGGCCGCAAAGUCGGCGGGCGUGUCCAUCAACACUUUUGCGGUGGAAAAAAAUCCAAGCGCAUACGUCUAUCUGCAGAAGCGAAAGGAGCUAGAGUGGGGUGACAGCGUCGAGGUUGUGUUUGGCGAUAUACGCUCAUGGAGGCCUGCGCACGGAGCUGAUAUUUUGAUCAGCGAGCUCUUAGGAAGUUUCGGCGAUAACGAGCUGUCGCCUGAAUGCCUUGAUGGCGUCAAAGGGGUGCUGAAGCCUUCGGGGAUCAUGAUUCCUCAAUCUUAUACCGCUCAUCUGACGCCGGCUAUGUCACCCAAACUCUACGCGACAAUCAAAGCGCAAAACAAAGAUGAAGCCGCGCAUACGCCUUACGUCGUCCUGCUCCAGGCCGUCGAUCUCCUGUCCUCCAGCAUCCAUCAGGCCUGGGAAUUCAGCCACGCCACGACCACAAAGUCAAAGCCAGCUACUCUGUAUGAGGUUGAUACUUCCCUUCAGGCUACCAGUAUCAGUGGGGGAAAUCGUGUUGGGACAUCAAAUGAGCACAACGCGCGAUACUCUAAAGGUCGUUUCUUGUGCGAGAACAGAGGCGUCAUGCAUGGGUUUGCUGGAUACUUCGAAUCGGUCCUGUACAACGACGUCGAGAUUUCUACACGCCCUGACACCAUAAACAAGAAAUCAAAGGAUAUGGUGUCUUGGUUUCCUAUAUGGUUCCCUCUUCCGGAGCCAUUAUACGUCCCCGACAACUCUGAGAUAGAAAUCUCAAUCUGGCGAAAGACAGAUAACCGCAAGGUCUGGUACGAAUGGUCAGUCGAGACCUUCGUCUCCCUCCCCGGCGCGACCUCUGACCGCCACCUGUCGUCCUCCAGCGCGACCGCAUACGCGUCUUCCAGUCGCCGGAUCAGGCUCGCAUGCUCGCAGCUCUGCAAUCCGAAUGGGAAGUUCUCUUCCAUGAAUUUGUAAUAUACACACGUUUAGCAUUUAUAUAUAUACAUAGAUAAUGUCUGUUGAUGAUUGAUACGAAUUUCUUGACGUUUGAAUUGUGAUUUAUUGUUUGAUUUUCAUUUAGUGACGCAUACGACAGCUUGGUACAUAUAACUCGUUUUCUACUACUUCAUCACCUUUAUCUUAUAUUGUAAUCAGAUAAUAUACAACGCAAUCUCACCAGAACAAUCAAUUGCCGCAGAAUCAUCUUCAUCUUAGUCCUGAUAAUCCCCAUAUUCAGGGGG